AUGGCAUCCCCAUCUUUGUCAAAGGCGCCGCCGCCGCAGCAGCAGGAGCAGCAGGCUACCGUUCCCUCUGUGCAGCUCCCGGUCUCGCAAGGAAGGGUACGCUUUGAUCGGCGAAUGCUCUUGGUGUACGGGUUGUUGCUCUUAGAUGUCGUUGUGAUUGGCAUUACUUCGUUGCAGCAUGUGUGGCAGCCGGCAAAUCUUAUAGACAAGGUCCUCCAGAACCACAGCACUCCGAUGCCUGGAGGACAGCACCAUCACCUUCUCUCUCCGCAGCUGCAUCUUCCUGUAGCUGUUAAGCGGGAGCUGGGGAUGUCAUGCUGCUGCGGCUGGCUGGCUUUAGCAGUAAUGGGUAUUCUCUCAUUGCUCGUCUCAUACACGCCAUCCUCUGUAGUCAAGGGCCGGAAGGCCCCGUCCCCUCCGGCAGUGGAGGGCCGUAAGACGCAUAACUCCUCCUUAUCGACGAGGCGGAGCCGCACUCCAGCUGCUGCGCACGCAGAGGGAUAUAGGGGUGGGUGCAGCUCUUGUGCGCGCACAGCUGACGAAGUGGAGUUGCAAAUUAAGGUGAAGUAUCUUCUCGUGGCGAUCGCGUCCUUCUGUGUCUUCUUCGCCCUCAACCUCACUGUGCAGAUUCACGGGCGUUUCCAGCAGAGCAAAGUGACAGUCGCAGCUCUCAAGAGCUUCACUGCAGACAACACAGCAGUGCCCUCCAUGGGCCGUACAGCUCAAUUAUACGGGGUAGGGCACAGCGAAUUUAAGGGAUUCCCCUUGCAGGAGGGGGGGAGUCAGAGGGAAGCUGAGGCGUCCAGCAGCGCCUCUGUUGCCAAGCAGAACGCAGUAGAGCUGUUUGCUGCAGAGCAGCAGCAGGCAGCAUCGGGUGGUUCGAUAUAUGCGCAAGGCGAAGAGGGCGCUGCGCAGCAGCAGUCUCCGCCGUAUUUCUACUGGCGCGAUUUCUUCUUCUGGACGGAACUCAGCAGGGAAUGCUUCCUAGAUGGAGAAAUCCAACUCUCCAGCUUGUGGGUGGUGCUGCAUGCAGCAGCGCUUAUGGGAGGCCGCGGUUUCCUUCAGUCGCGCUCUGCUGUCGUCGCUGCAGAUUGA